AUGGAAAUACCAAAUUAUUGGUAUGGUGGAAUUAUUCAGGCCAUCUCAAAUUGGCAAAUUGGUUUAAGUAUUAUAACCGAAUUGGUGUGCGGUUUUAUUUUACCUGGCCGUCUCAUCGCAAAUUCAAUGCAAAAAAGAAUAUAUCUUGAUGGUACAGAACGUGAUCUAAGCGACCAAUGGGCUGGCCUUCGGUCAGCGAGAUUCAACGCUGCAUCUAUAUUGUGGAGAUUAAUUGGACCAGGAAGACUUUUGGCUAAAGUAGACCGGUCUUGGAACCAGAUUGAAUUAGAACUGGUUUAG